UUAUUGAUCAUCUGCUCUAUUGGAGUCCCAUUAAAUGGAAUUGUUAUUUGGCUGCUUGGCUUCCAAAUGAAGAGAAACCCUUUCACAGUAUUGAUUCUUAAUUUAGCUAUUGCCGACUUUGGAUUUCUCAUACUUAUGACUGUAUAUUGCAUUGACGAUUUUAUACAUAUUCUACAGUCAAGAAUUCUCCAGAAAAUCUUCUUUUCUCUCUCCGAUGUCACAUAUAUCAACGGUCUAUUUCUUCUGACGGCCAUCAGCAUUGACCGGUGUGUGGCUGUCCUCUUCCCAAUCUGGCAUCGCUGUUCCCGGCCAAAAUAUUUGUCCCCUGCUGUCUGCAUCUUCCUCUGGAUCUUCUCUUCCCUCCUGACGGAGAAUUUAUUUGAUGCUAAUGAACUGGAUUUCUACUUAAGUCCAAGUGCUUCUCUAAACAGCAGCAUUAACCCAGUGAUCUAUUUUCUGGUGGGGAGAAAGAAAAGACCUCAGUCCAGGGAGAGCAUCAAGGUCAUUUUUCAAAGAGUCUUCAGGGAAGACGAAGCUCCUGAAACCAGAUAA